AUGUCGACCCUCCGAAGCAGCUGUCGAGCCUCGCGCUCGUUGCUGUCUUCCAGCGUCCAGCGGCCCGCUGCGCAAAGAUGCCGCUUCGAGCUGCAAGCCUCCAUGAGGCGGGGCCUGUCCUCGGAUGCGCAGCAGAAGCUUCUCUCGGCAAACCUUGAAGAGGCUGACCCCACCGUAUACGACAUAAUCCAAAAGGAGAAAAGGCGGCAGAAACACUUCAUAAACCUGAUACCGUCCGAGAACUUCACAUCACAAGCUGUGCUCGAUGCAUUGGGCAGUGUAAUGCAAAACAAGUACUCUGAGGGGUAUCCUGGAGCGCGGUACUACGGCGGCAACGAGCACAUCGAUGAAGCGGAACGGCUGUGUCAACACCGAGCACUUAGAGCAUUCGGUCUCAAGGAGGACCAAUGGGGGGUGAAUGUCCAACCUCUGUCCGGCUCUCCCGCGAACCUCUAUGCCUAUUCCGCUCUUCUCAACACCCACGACCGCAUCAUGGGACUCGACCUUCCUCAUGGCGGCCACCUCUCCCACGGCUACCAGACACCGACUAAGAAAAUCUCCGCAAUAUCCAAAUAUUUCGAAACUCUACCAUACAGGCUAGAUGAGAAGACUGGUCUAAUCGAUUAUGUCAAGUUGGAGGAGCUGGCAUUGCUUUACCGGCCGAAGCUGAUCAUCGCAGGUACAUCCGCGUACAGUCGGUUAAUUGAUUAUGAGCGUAUGCGGGACAUUUGUGAUAAGGUUGGCGCAUACCUUCUAUCUGAUAUGGCACACAUAUCCGGGCUGGUGGCCGCUGGCGUCAUCCCGUCGCCGUUCACACAUUCAGAUGUCGUGACGACUACGACGCACAAGUCUCUACGUGGACCUCGCGGUGCCAUGAUCUUCUACCGGAAAGGGGUUCGACGUGUAGACAAUAAGGGAAUCGAGGAGACGUACGACCUUGGAGGACGUAUCAAUGCGUCAGUAUUUCCUGGCCACCAGGGCGGCCCCCACAACCACACAAUCACUGCUUUGGCUGUAGCGCUACAGCAAGCGCACACACCCGAGUUCAAGGAGUACCAGCGCACGGUUCUGUUGAACGCAAAGGCACUUGCCGAGCGAUUAGGCAAUCCGAGAGGCAAGGGUGGCUUGGGCUACAACGUUGUCAGUGGAGGCACCGAAAAUCACCUGGUUCUGGUUGAUUUGAAGGAUAAGGGUGUCGAUGGUGCGCGUGUAGAGCGGGUACUGGAACUUGUUGGAGUGGCGAGCAACAAGAACACCGUACCCGGCGACAAGUCAGCCAUGAAGCCAGGCGGGCUACGCAUGGGUACACCAGCAAUGACGACGCGUGGCUUCCGACCCGAGGACUUCAAGCGAGUGGCAGACAUCGUUCACCGUGCCGUGACCAUCACGCAGAAGUUUGACAAGACUGCCAGAGAGCAGGCAGAGGCGAACAACAGGAAGAACCCAGGCAGCGUAAAUGCGUUCAAGGAGGCGCUGGGUGAAGGAGAGGAUGUACCGGACAUAAUGCAGCUUAGGAAGGAGGUCGAGGACUGGGUCGGCACGUUUGCUCUGCCGUGGGACAAGGAAUAA